GGAGCCGGAGGAGGAGCGGCCGGCGCCGCCACCGCCGCCGCCAUAGAGACUGUAGCCGUGGAGACUGUUACUUACCAACGCGGAGCGACACGCAGCGGCCGCCGCCGCGGGAGCCGCUACCCGAACUCCCCGCCGAACUCCAGGUCCGAGCAUGCAGAACUCCGAGGGCGGAGCAGACUCGCCCGCGUCCGUGGCUCUGCGCCCUGCAGCGCAGCCCGUGCCGGCCUCCCCACAGAGGGUGCUGGUCCAAGCUGCGGGCUCCACUCCCAAGGGUACCCCAAUGCAGCCCCUCACACUCCCCAGGGUCCAGCCAGUGCCACCACAGGUGCAGCACGUGUACCCAGCGCAGGUGCAGUAUGUGGAGGGCGGGGAUGCCGUCUACGCCAACGGAGCCAUCCGAGCGGCCUACGCCUACAACCCAGACCCUCAGCUCUACGCCCCCGGCAGUGCAGCGUCUUACUUUGAGACUCCGGGUGGCGCUCAGGUGACAGUGGCCGCCUCUUCCCCCCCGGCGGUCCCCUCCCACGGCAUGGUGGGCAUCACCAUGGAUGUCGCGGGGACCCCCAUCGUGUCUGGCACGGGAGCCUACCUCAUCCAUGGGGGCAUGGACGGCUCGAGACACUCCCUGGCCCACACCGCCCGCUCCUCGCCUGCCACGCUUGAAAUGGCGAUUGAGACUCUCCAAAAAGGCGAAGGCCUCGUGCCCCACAAAGGUGGCCUGCUCAACAGCCAUCUGCAGUGGCUUCUGGAUAAUUAUGAGACAGCGGAGGGCGUGAGCCUGCCCCGCAGCUCCCUGUACAACCACUACCUGCGCCACUGUCAGGAGCACAAGCUGGAGCCCGUCAACGCCGCGUCCUUCGGCAAGCUCAUCCGCUCUGUCUUCAUGGGCCUGCGCACGCGGCGCCUGGGCACCAGGGGCAACUCAAAGUACCACUACUAUGGGAUCCGCCUGAAGCCAGACUCUCCACUCAACCGACUACAGGAAGACACACAGUACAUGGCCAUGAGGCAGCAGCCCACACACCAGAAGCCAAGGUACCGGCCAGCCCAGAAGUCAGACAGCCUUGGGGACGGCGGUGCCCACGGCAGCAUACAUGGCACGCCCGAGCAGGCCAUGGCCACGCAGGGCCAGCAGCACCAGCAGUACAUAGAUGUGUCCCACGUCUUCCCAGAGUUCCCAGCACCUGACCUAGGCAGCACGCUACUACAGGAGAGCGUCACCGCCCACGACGUGAAGGCCCUGCAGCUGGUGUAUCGCAGGCACUGUGAGGCCACCUUGGACGUCGUCAUGAACCUCCAGUUCCAGUACAUCGAGAAGCUGUGGCUGUCCUUCUGGAACUGCAAGGCCACCUGCAGCAGCGACGGCCGCACCUCGCUGCCUGCCAGCGAUGAGGAGCCGGAAGUCACCGUCCUCCCAAAGGACAAGCUCAUCUCUCUGUGUAAGUGUGAGCCCGUCCUGCAGUGGAUGCGCAGCUGUGAUCACAUCCUGUACCAGGCGCUGGUGGAGACCCUGAUCCCAGAUGUGCUGCGGCCCGUCCCCAGUUCCCUGACCCAGGCCAUCAGGAACUUCGCCAAGAGCUUAGAGGGCUGGCUCAUCAAUGCCAUGAGUGGCUUCCCCCAGCAGGUCAUCCAGACCAAGGUGGGUGUUGUGAGCGCCUUCGCUCAAACGCUGCGGCGCUACACGUCGCUCAACCACCUGGCGCAGGCAGCGCGCGCCGUGCUGCAGAACACGGCCCAGAUCAACCAGAUGCUGAGCGACCUCAACCGAGUGGACUUCGCCAAUGUGCAGGAACAGGCCUCGUGGGUGUGCCAGUGCGAGGAGAGCCUGGUGCAGCGCCUGGAGCAUGACUUCAAGGCCACCCUGCAGCAGCAGAGCUCGCUGGACCAGUGGGCCAGCUGGCUGGACAGCGUGGUCACGCAGGUGCUGAAGCAGCACGCGGGCAGCCCCAGCUUCCCCAAGGCCGCCCGCCAGUUCCUGCUCAAGUGGUCCUUCUACAGCUCCAUGGUGAUCCGGGACCUGACCCUGCGCAGCGCCGCCAGCUUCGGCUCCUUCCACCUCAUCCGCCUGCUGUAUGACGAGUACAUGUUCUAUCUGGUGGAGCACCGCGUGGCCCAGGCCACCGGGGAGACGCCCAUUGCUGUCAUGGGCGAGUUCAAUGAUCUGGCCUCCCUGUCGCUGACCUUGCUGGACAAAGAGGACAUUGCGGACGGGCACAGCAGUGAGGCAGAUGUGGAUGGCCGCAGCCUGGGCGAGCCCCUGGUGAAGCGGGAACGAAGCGACCCCAGCCACCCACUGCAGGGCAUCUAGCCCUUCCCUGGGCGUCUUCCAUGUGCUUCCGGAAGGCGUCGCCUGGCCCCCAGGGACCUGGACUCUCAGAUCUAUCACACUAGUGCCUCUUAGAUGAUGCCAUGUUUACUGUGACCCGGGGGUGCUGCACCCCCAAGGUGCCAGGGACUUCGGGGAACCAAGUCCAGCUGCCCACUCUGCGAAGAUCCCUUGGGGCACAGCGACCCAUCUGCCCCAUGUCCCAGCACUCUACCCUGCUGCGUUUGUGAGUGAUGAGACCCGUCCCAGUUGGCUCCAUUGCUUUCGCACUCAGCUGCUCCCAACUUAAGCCACCAUUUCAAAGAAAGCCAACCCUAGCAGAGCCCAGAGCGGGAGGGAUGGCCCUUCUCCCAGGGCUCCGAGGGUCCCCCAUGCUCUGCUCUCCAUGCUUGCCAAGCCUCUCAUGGAUGGGUGAGACCUCCCGGCCCAGACCCUGACCCUAGAGGGAUCACAGAUGCUAACAGCAUCUCGUCUCGUCCCGGCAGGCCUAAGUCCCAAAGGGUCACAGGUUCCAGGCACCAGCCAACGUGGGUCAGCCCAACCCAGGUACAUGGCCCAUCUGCCCAAGUCCAGACUUCCUGUGCAGUUCACAGUUGACACCAAGAUGACCCAGGGGCCCAGGAAGCCGCAGGGCUGGUGCCAUGCCCACGCCUCCUGGCAGCACCAUGUAGCCUGUGGCACCGCAGUCUUCCAGACAAGCCAUGCUGGCUGCUAGCCUGUGGCCACCCCCUUCUCAACCGCAGAGCCCAAGAUCUCUGUGGACAAACGAACACCAAGGCCACGUGGGCCGAGUUCUACACACCCCACACACGGCCCUCUCAUCCCUGUGGUCACCAUGUUGAGACUUCUGCCUCAACACAAGCCCCACACCACACAGCUAGGAAGCGCCUAAUGAAAUAUGAUAGUUUCUCUCUUCUUGGAAAAAGUGUUCCCCCGAUGGUUUUGUGCUGUAAUUGUUCUUAGAAGGUUCUUGUGGAUGUGUCCAUCGAAACACACCGGCGUCCAUGUUUGCUCAUUUGCGCGGCACUUGCUCACAGACAGAGCCUGUAGACCCAGAGUCCAGACAGGACGGCUCUAACAAAUGGUGUCCGAGGGGACACAGACGCGCUCACGGUGACUGGCCUGCCCAGUCUCUCCCCCUUGUGGAAACCAAUACACACUGGGAUUUUG